GUGUGAAGUAGGCUAUUUGCGGGUGUGAAACCUGGUAGGGGUGAGAGUCGGUGGCGAGACUGCACCCAAUCAAGCGAUGCACGAUCUGUUAUGCAUGUCCCUAUUGCGCGUUUCGACCUUGCAGCAGACGCGCAUGUUGGGAUUAGAGGUACGAUAACGGCACGCUAAGCAGAAGAACAGCAGCCCCUGCAACUUGAAGAUAACCAUAGCCAUCUAUCGGACUUGAAUGUGCAUGCUGUUUUCCACCUGCUACUGCUCCCCUUCCAAGGUUCUCUUCUCCACUACCCCGCUGCGACCAGGUCAAAGGCUAUCGGCUGCGCUACGUCAGAGCUCCGGCGCGUGCCAAGUGAACCCGAAAAGCGCACCGCCUCAACACCUGACGACAUCAUCGAUCGUUACCUCGAUAUAGCUUCGCGCUCCUAUCUCCACUUGCUAUUACUCUCUUGAGUAAAACCCAUAUCCCAGCAACCAUGGCGGACCUUGCGCCAGAGAAGGCCCAACCGGGCUCUGCAACCACGUCCGCCCUCAACUCGCGAGACAACUCGCGGGCUGCCACACCUUCAAGUGCUGCCGUCGAGAAAGCUCCGGAUGACAGCUCCAAGUUCAAGACCUUCCUGGGCAUUUUGAGGAGGUUUAUUGGCGUCUCCGACCUCGCUGCUGUCCGCUUCUCCCUCCCCGCACAACUCCUCGAACCAAGGCCAAAUUUGGAGUACUGGCACUACUUGGACAGGCCCGACACGUUCAUCAGUAUCGGAGAUUCGGAUGAUGAUCUGGGGCGCAUGCUCGGGUGCUUGCGCUUCUGGUUCACCAAGGACCUGAAAUACGUCAAGGGCAAGCCUUGCAAGCCCUACAACUCUACAUUGGGCGAGUUCUUCAGGUGCAACUGGAAGAUCGAAGACACCCACCCUACCCUCAAGACCCCCAACUCGGCUCCCUCGAGCGCCUCCAACAGCGUCAAAGGCGAUGGCAAGACCGUGACCGUCUCCUAUCUCACCGAGCAAACCUCCCACCACCCUCCCGUGUCCGCCUUCUACGUCGACUGUCCUGAGAAGGGCAUUAGUGCGCGAGGUUACGAUCAGCUAAGCGCCAAGUUUACAGGUACAAGCGUACGAGUGGUGGCUGGAGCGCACAACCUGGGAAUCUUCAUCACCCUGAAGAAUCGAGGCAAUGAGGAAUACCAACUCACUCACCCAGCCGCCUACCUUGGGGGUAUUCUACGAGGCUCCCUCAAUGUCUCUGUCGCGGACAGCUGCUUCGUUACCUGCCCAAAGACUGGACUGAAGGUCAUCCUAGAAUACCAGGAGGAAGGCUGGCUCGGUCGAUCACAAAACAAGGUCUUGGGUGUCAUUUUCAAGUACGACCCCAACAACGAUUCGAUUACCAAGAUCAAGGAUGUCUCGGAGAAGGACGUCCUCGCGCGGAUAGAGGGCAACUGGCAGGACAAGGUCUACUAUACCCUUGGCAGCAAGCCAUUUGCUAAGGUCGCUGAGAAGAACCUCAUCAUCGACCUCAACCCGCUUGAUCCCGUAGCCAAGAUCGUCCCACCGCUCGAACAGCAGCUUCCCAACGAGUCCCUCAAGUUCUGGGACGGCGUCACGAAUGCCAUAGUAGGCAAGCAAUAUGGACUAGCGACGAACCUCAAGACCGAGAUAGAAGAGAAGCAACGGCAGAAGGCUGCAGAGCGAAAGGCGGCGGAGAAAGAGUGGAAGCCACGAUUUUUCACCGGCGCAGUCACACCUGUCGGUAGGCCAGACCUCACCAAGGACGGCGAGGAAGCGCUCAAGGGCCUGCAUGCAGAGAACUAUCAACUGCCGCCAAACGAGGAGUACGCCGCAUUUUGAUCGAACCCACUCAUUCCGCAAACUUGCCUAGGAGGAGAUUGCACCACCCGGACGAACCAGUACAAUAGGACCUUCACUACGAUAUCCAUUACAUCUUGACACUUUGGGGAACAUGACACCAUCAUUUGGCAUCAUUUACAACUUCGGCACGCGUUUUGUUAGCUAGGAAGAAGGGGAGCAU